GCGCGCCCUAUUCUUGAAGGGUUGAACAGACUUGGUGCAGCGCAGCCUUUGAAAGGUGAAGAUGUCAAUCACUUUUUGGAGGCCUUGCAGCUUUGUCCAGCAAAAGGUUGCAACGCCAACGCUCCUAAACGCAGAACGCCAAGUGCAAAGGCCAAGCUGCGAAGAACCAUACCGUGUCAUUUUUGGCGCCGGACUUGCUUUUGGUGCUUUGGGGUUUUGGCGGCCACGCGUCGUGCGCAAUCGGCAGAAAACUUAUCAGGUAGGCUUAGCAGCUACUGGCAGUACUAUCGAGACAUUGGAGCAAGCUGACCUUACUGAGGAAGAAUUGCUUGCAAUUUUCAAAGCAGCGUCAAAGGGAAGAGACAAGGUCACCUUCGAACAAGCAGCAAGCUUGGAAGGUGUUGACGCCGUCCUGGAAGAAGGGGCAGCGAAUUUGGAAGAAUUAAAAGUCAUUUGGGGCAACCCUGAAGAUCCGUUGGACUUUGAUGCUUUUUGUGGCUGGUACAAUGAUGUCCUGAAGUUGUACGAUGCCUUUCUUUGGCAAGAUGCAGUGGCGCCCCCGUCCGAAUUGUUGAUCGAAGAGGAAAGCGCGGAGGACUUGCGAGCUCUCAGUGACGAGCAGCUCUUGGAAGAUGCUCCAGCCAUUGGAGUGAAAGUGCAAGAUUUGAAAACAGUGGUCGCCAAACCAGCUCAAGAGAUGAAGUAUGGCACCCUGACUGACCAAGUGCCGGUCCCCACAAAGUCACCUAAGAGGAGGUUUGAAGAAGAAAUGGCGAGGAAGCAGGGCAAAGAGCCCGAUGAAACAUAUGGCGUUGUCGAGGACAACAAACCACUUGGUAGCACAGCAGGCUUGGCAACACCGUCAGCUGGCGGUGGGAGGGAGAAUGUUCAGAUCACUCAGCUCUUCAGACAGGCCUGUGACGAGAGCAAUUUGCUAUCUUUUGAAUCAUUGAAAGAGAUCUCCGAGAUCAGCGACAUGCUUGCGUCUGAGGACCUUGCGGAAGAGGAACUUCUCGAUAUGUGGGAAGGCUUGCCGAAGAAAAAGGGCGACUACAUUGAUGUGUUGGCGUUCAGAGAUUUGCUGGCCAAGGUUGACGAACUGUUCGAAUACGUGGAGGAGGAUGAAGAUGAAGACCCUGCCAAUGAGGCGCUGAUGCAGCUCGAGGGCGGAGGGAUAGCAAAGGCCAAGAAGCGCAGCCUCCAGACUGUAAAACAAGAGCUACUUGACGCAAUCAAUCGUUUGGAGGCUAUUCAAGACAAGCCUUGCGGCCUCGGAUCCACAGAAGAAGCCGAUGGGGAGGUGAUCAAGCUGGCAGGCGAGUUGGAGGACAUAUGGCGAGACCAGGUUGGUGAUUUGAACGAGUUUGAUGGUGCCAAGCUUGCGGGGCUUUGGGAAUUGGUCUAUUCUACGUCUGUCAAGUUUCGAAGAUGGGGGUCCGUAUUGAACGCUGUCCGAGACAUCAAAGAUGCCAAAUUCGAGGCCCUUAUUCAAAAUUUUGCAGUCAGUGCAGACGACGGGUUCAAUGAGUAUGACAUGGAGGAAGUUUUCAAGGCUCAGGUCGGAGAAGAAGUAGAGGAGAUGGAGCUGUCCAUGAGGGGCCAGGGCUCUUGGAAGUUGGGAAUCCAGCAGAACGUGGUAACCGGCGAGGAGGAUUUGGUUGUGAAAAUCGAAGUUACUGGCGUGGAAUAUGACACUCCCGAAGAUACUGUUGAAAACUGCGGCGAAAAGACUGUGAUGAGCCCAAUGUGCAGGAGACGACAUCAGAACUGACGAAGCUGAAAACCUCCCAGCAAUGUUGAUGUAGGACAUUUAGCUAUGCGUUCAUCAGCUAUAUGGACGACAGCGUUCGUGUGAUGAGAACAAGUCUCACAGGACGCUCGUUGUAUGUUUUCCAGAGAAUCGACGAGGCUGGCUAAGUCUGGCAGCUGCAAAAAAGGACGCGAGAAAAAGGA